UUGUCUGCAUGUUAUAUGUGCUUUCAGUAAGUUUUGGAUGAAUUUCUUAACUUCAUAAAGUAUAUAAAACAACUUAGCAGGAUAUGAGUUAUGACAUUUAGGGGUGUUGUCCUAUUGCUUCAGAACAGUGGGGUUUUCGUGUAAUACACCAUGUCACAUGAUUUGACUAAAUACAGGAAAAAAAACCCUAAACUUGGUUUCAUUGGCUCAAAUAUAGUUCAAGACAACGGAGGCAAAGCUAAGAUGAGGAAGUUCUAUACAGUUUAGGAAAUAGGGGCUUUCAAAGAUAAUUCACAGUGAUGUGAAACUGGCCUCCCAAGCCCUGAUAAGUAAGUUAAAUAAGAGUAGGAGCCCAGAGGGAGGGAGGUUCUUUACUCUUGAAUUAAGAGAAGGGGAGCUGGAGGUGCCUCAGGUAGGGUGCGGAGGUUUGCAGAACUAGGUCUGUGUGUGUAAAGUGACUAAGGCGGGGGAGUGGAAGUUUAAGAGAAGAAAUGGACCUGAUCGCCUAAAUCAGCCAAACACAGGCAACAUGGCCAAUGCCCUGGCCAGCGCCACUUGUGAGCGCUGCAAGGGCGGCUUUGCACCCGCUGAGAAGAUCGUAAACAGUAACGGGGAGCUGUACCAUGAACAGUGUUUCGUGUGCGCUCAGUGCUUCCAGCAGUUCCCAGAAGGACUCUUCUAUGAGUUUGAAGGAAGAAAGUACUGUGAACAUGACUUUCAGAUGCUCUUUGCCCCUUGCUGUCAUCAGUGUGGUGAAUUCAUCAUUGGCCGAGUUAUCAAAGCCAUGAAUAACAGCUGGCAUCCAGAGUGCUUCCGCUGUGACCUCUGCCAGGAAGUUCUGGCAGAUAUCGGGUUUGUCAAGAAUGCUGGGAGACACCUGUGUCGCCCCUGUCAUAAUCGUGAGAAAGCGAGAGGCCUUGGGAAAUAUAUCUGCCAGAAAUGCCAUGCUAUCAUCGACGAGCAGCCUCUGAUAUUCAAGAACGACCCCUACCAUCCAGACCAUUUCAACUGUGCCAACUGCGGGAAGGAACUGACUGCCGAUGCACGGGAGCUGAAAGGGGAGCUGUACUGCCUGCCAUGCCAUGAUAAAAUGGGGGUCCCCAUCUGUGGCGCUUGCCGACGGCCCAUUGAAGGGCGCGUGGUGAACGCCAUGGGCAAGCAGUGGCAUGUGGAGCAUUUUGUGUGCGCCAAGUGUGAGAAACCCUUUCUUGGACAUCGCCAUUACGAGAGGAAAGGCCUGGCGUAUUGUGAAACCCACUAUAACCAGCUAUUUGGUGAUGUUUGCUUCCACUGCAAUCGUGUUAUAGAAGGUGAUGUGGUCUCUGCUCUUAAUAAGGCCUGGUGUGUGAACUGCUUUGCCUGUUCUACCUGCAACACUAAGUUAACACUCAAGAAUAAGUUUGUGGAGUUUGACAUGAAGCCAGUCUGUAAGAAGUGCUAUGAGAAAUUUCCACUGGAGCUGAAGAAAAGACUUAAGAAACUAGCCGAGACCUUAGGAAGGAAAUAAGUUGCUUUAUUUUUUCUUUUCUAUGCAAGAUAAGAGAUUACCAACAUACUUGUCUUGAUCUACCCAUAUUUAAAGCUAUAUCUCAAAGCAGUUGAGCGAGAAAAGGACCUAUAUGAAUGGUUUUAUGCCCUUUUUUAAUUAAAAAAAGAAAAAUUCAUAUAAUCGUGUUUAAAACACAGAUGAAGUCAGUAUUCACCUUUGUUAACCCUUAUCCAUUUGUUGACAUGUAGAUUGUUUACAAAAAGAAACACAUGGUUAAAUGUUAAAUUUUAAUUAGGGCCCCCCAAAAUUAAAUAUAACUUUUUAAAAUGAAAGGAGUCACCUUCUACAUGACUCAGGUGAAAACACAGUACAAACAUGAAUUUACUUUGUAUUCAAAAGAAAAUUCCAACUGCUGUUGGGGAAGGACACAGAAAAAAUAACCACCCAAGAAAAACAAAAACAAGAAAAAUGAAUCUUAUACGAUCUUAGUAUAUUUAUCAAACGAGUAGCUAUAAAGUGAAUAUACCCAUUACUAAGACAAAAAACAAGUGUAAUUCAGAACUACUUGAUUUUUUUUUUAGUUAAAUGCAAUAAUUAUUAUACUUAGUUUUAUAACCUGCUCUCCUUGUGAAUUCUUCCUUCGAAUGAUUAUGUAACACAGUAGGAAUAGCUAGCUAGUAGGAUGUCUUUUAAAUUUUUGUGCAAAAAAAUUUAUACCAGGCAUUUGAAAAUAUACUUUACAAUAUUGGAAAAUGAAGUAUUUUUAAUGUAUUACAGCAAUUAUGUUUCUAAGCUUAAUGUUAAGCAUGUAAUCUUAGAAUAGGACAUGAAAUUAAAUUGUAUGUAGCUUGGAAUGUCUUGCUUCAGAAAAGUGAAUGUGUAUGUCCAUCAUAUUGCCUUUAUAACCAUGCUGAUAUCUAUGCUUUAUACAUAUUCAAACUUGCCUUGCCUUAAAAAAAUACAUACUGCAUACUUAAAUCAGGAAUUGUAGCCAUCUCACAGAAUGCCAACUAAAACUAAGUGCAUUGAGAUCUGAGAUUGGUAAACCCAGAUUCAUUUACCACAGCUAUAAUGAAGUUUUUAAAAACUCUCUUCUCCUUUUUUGGGGGAAAUCCAUUGUUAAUUUCUGUCAUCUUAGAAGAAAAUGAUGUUGAUAGGUGUUUCAGAUUUUCCGUUUCAAAUCUUAUAAUUAAUUGGAUUUAUUUACUACAAGUAGGAGGUAUAAAUGACACUCUUAAAUUGGAAGGAGGAGUGUUUUAGUGUCUGUUUUAGGUCAAAAUUAGUGCUUCUACUUUUAUCAAAAGUUUUAUCCUGAGGUUUCAGGACCACUCUUCCUUAAUAAACUUGUUAAUGUAAAGCGAGCUUUAUGAACAUUUAAAAAAUGUUGCUGCUGCUUUGUUACUUAAAGAGAAAGUUGCCAAGAGAGACUUCUUAGGGAAAAUACUGUGUUUUCCAAAAAUUGCUGAAAUAUUGUUUUGCCAUUUUUAAAGAGUCUCAGGUUAUUACCACUCUGCCAUUAAAUAUUUGUAUGCCUGCA